CCCGGCCCCGCCCCCAGCCCGCCUCCAUCCCGGGAACCGGAGGCCCCGGGGUUGUGGUCCCGCGACCUCCCUCCCGCCGUGCCCUCGUCUCUCCGACCGCGAUGCCGCUCUACGAGGGCCUGGGGAGCGGUGGCGAGAAGACGGCCGUCGUGAUCGACCUCGGAGAGGCCUUCACCAAGUGUGGAUUUGCUGGUGAAACUGGCCCAAGAUGUAUAAUUCCUAGUGUGAUAAAAAGAGUUGGCAUGCCUAAGCCUAUCAAAGUUGUCCAAUAUAAUAUUAAUACAGAAGAAUUAUAUUCCUACCUAAAGGAAUUCAUCCACCUACUCUACUUCAGGCAUCUGUUAGUGAAUCCCAGAGACCGCCGAGUCGUAGUGAUUGAGUCGGUACUAUGUCCUUCCCACUUCAGAGAGACACUCACUCGUGUUCUUUUCAAAUAUUUUGAGGUUCCGUCGGUUUUGCUUGCUCCCAGUCAUCUGAUGGCUCUUCUGACACUUGGCAUCAACUCAGCCAUGGUCCUGGAUUGCGGAUAUAGGGAAAGCCUCGUGUUACCUAUAUAUGAAGGAAUUCCAGUACUGAACUGUUGGGGAGCACUGCCCCUAGGAGGAAAAGCUCUUCACAAGGAGUUGGAAACUCAACUGUUGGAACAAUGCACUGUUGACACGGGUGCUGCUAAAGAACAGAGCCUUCCUUCUGUCAUGGGUUCAGUUCCAGAAGGCAUCUUAGAGGAUAUUAAAGUGCGUACUUGCUUUGUAAGUGAUCUGAAGCGUGGAUUAGAAAUACAAGCAGCAAAAUUUAACAUUGAUGGAAAUAAUGAGCGUCCCACACCACCCCCAAAUGUUGAUUAUCCAUUAGAUGGAGAGAAGAUUUUACAUAUCCUUGGAUCAAUCAGAGAUUCAGUUGUGGAAAUUCUUUUUGAACAAGAUAAUGAAGAGAAAUCAGUUGCCACUUUAAUAUUGGAUUCCCUUCUACAGUGCCCAAUAGACACCAGGAAACAACUAGCUGAGAAUUUGGUAAUCAUAGGUGGCACAUCCAUGUUGCCAGGAUUUCUGCACAGGUUGCUUGCAGAAAUAAGGUAUUUGAUAGAAAAACCAAAAUACAAAAAGACACUUGGAACCAAGACAUUCCGAAUUCAUACACCACCUGCGAAAGCUAAUUGCGUGGCCUGGUUGGGAGGAGCUAUUUUUGGAGCAUUGCAGGACAUACUUGGGAGCCGUUCUGUUUCAAAGGAAUAUUAUAAUCAGACUGGCCGCAUACCAGACUGGUGUUCUCUCAACAACCCUCCUUUGGAAAUGAUGUUUGACGUUGGCAAAGCUCAGCCACCUUUGAUGAAGAGAGCGUUUUCCACUGAGAAAUAAAUGUUUCGUUAAGAUUCACCUGUGCUUUAUUUCACACAUUUACUCAAUUACAAGCAAAGUGUACAAAGUAUGUAGGCAGCUUUACUAUGGGUGACCUUGGUAAUGUGAAAGUACUUCUGUAUUUGCAUUUAAUAUUUAAUUAACUUUAUUUCUCUUUGUGUAGCGUGAUAAAAUGGUAGCUGGUGAUCAUGAGACUUGUAUUUAUAUCAAUAAAAUUACUUAUGCAGUUUAA